AUGCUAUGCUUUCAACCCCGGGCUAUUAGUCAAUUUUCCUUUUAUGAGUGCAUCCAUUGUGGUGAGAAGAUAAAGAAACUUAAAGAUGGAACCACCACACCAUUGCAUAGGCAUAUUAGUGAUUGCCCAAAGUUAAAAGCCGUCAACACCAUUCAUCCAGGUCAGUUAAAGUUAAAGGUUGUGCCGGGGAAAUUAGAUUCUUCUAUGGUCCAAAACUUGAAAUUUGACAAUAGUAGGAUUAGAGAGGUUGUUUCUCAUAUGAUUAUGGUUCAUGAGUUGCCAUUUAAUUUUGUUGAGUAUGAACUAUUUAAUGUGGUUAUGAAGGAAGCUAACCCCGGGUUUAACAAGAUUUCACGUGCAUCGGCUAAGCAAGAUUGUGUUGCUAGUUAUGAGAUAGGCAAGAAAAGAAUCAAGAAAAUGUUAAGCGCUAUCAAUCGUGUGAGUAUAACAACUGAUAUGUGGAUGUCAGUGCAAAAUAUUCAUUAUAUAGUUGUUACUUGUCAUUUUGUAGAUUCCGAUUUCAAGCUUAACAAAUGCAUAUUGAGUUUUCUUGAUGUACCACCACCUUAUUCUGGACUAUGUAUAUAUGAUUCCCUCUUUAAGUGUUUAAAAGAGUGGAAUAAUGAGACAAAGGUUGCUACUUUGACGGUUGACAAUGCUACAACUAAUGAUGUGGUGGCUACAAAGUUGAUGGAAAUUAUGAACUUUCAGAAAAAGCUUGUUGUUGGGGGGAAGUUAUUCCAUGUGCGGUGUUGUGCACACAUUCUCAAUUUGUUGGUUCAAGAUGGUUUAUCGGAAAUUAAAGACAUUAUUCACAAUGUUCAUGAGAAUGUGAAACACGUGAAUGCCUCUCCGGGUCGAUUGCAUAUAUUUAGCGAACUUUCCAAGCAAAUGACCUUAUCAAAGAAGCAUUUGAUCUUAGAUGUUAGUACCCGAUGGAAUGCUACGUAUGUUAUGUUGUCUACGGCCUUGAAGUUUAAAGACGUGUUUGUAAAUUAUGCCGAUCGAGAAUCGACAUACAAGAUCUUGCCGACCUCGGAAGAUUGGGACAAAGUUGAAGUUAUUUGCUCAUUCUUGGGGUUUUCAACGAGGUUACAAAAAUAA